GAAUGUCUAUUGCCUACAGUCAAAGUGCUCAUCUAUCAUCACAGUUGGAAUAUUUGCAGUUCCCACAACUCUCUGCACAUGUUUGCCCGAGUGCAGAGUGUAUGAUCAAGGUGGUGGUGUCCACAGCGUGGCUCAUGCGAUGCAGAGAACCUGAUACUGGUCCGGCCUUUAAAACACCCGCAGGUAACCAUGGAGAGGGUGCAUCAAUUAUUGCAGUGAGCUCAUGGUGUAACCAAGGAGAAUGCUGGAAGCUGGUUCAGAGGUGUUCUCAGUUUGAGUGGGGAAAGUACAGAUGUAGUACAGUGCGAUAUUUCCAAGUGGUGCGAUUUGACAGCAAUCCAGAUUUAUUUGAGAGAAAGAAAAUGUCUGACGUGUGAAAGAACAAACAUGGGGUGAAUGCAAUGGCUAUUGUUCCAUCUGGCAUGUUACAGCAAACAGCGCAAUGAUUCACUGCCGACACUCACUAAUUAUCUGAUAGUGUUACUGGCCAAUUGACUCCUCCAGUGAGAUGUUCAUGGAUGAUGUGGCUGGUAGAUUGUGGUGGGUACAGUACACUCUUAGAAAUAGAAAGGUUGAUACUGAUAAAAGAUUUUCCCUUUUAUAGGGUAUUCUUUGAAAUCCUUUGAACCUAUUAACAAUAUGAUGUAUGUCUGGUAUAGAUACUGAAAUAUUGAUUUUUGUCAAUACCUUUCUUUCAAUAAUAUACACCUGUUUUUCUUUAAAAUCCGUUUUUAUUUAGACGGUCUAAUAUUGGCAAAAUAAUAAUCUAAAUAGUACCUCAAUAAUAAUAUCUGAGCAAACAUUCAGUGCCAACUUUCGGUACUUAGUGUUAUGGACGCAUUACCGAUAAUAGGAGAACCAAUGAUAAAAGAUAAAAGUCUGAAAAGGCACACAUGUUUUUUUCUUUUAUCUUCGUCCAUAAAUCAUCCUGCGGUCCAAAACCCCAGUAUUUCUUUUACAUAUUACUGGAAAAAGCAUGUGAUCUGUCUACCCUCCGGUACGGACUCCUGCCGUCACUCUACUGGUCUCUAUUGUUGCAUACAUUCAUGUGAUGUGUUUCUGCGUAUAAGGUCUAAUAAGCACCCAUGUGAAACCUCUCUCUUCAGGACUGCCACAGUGUGGAAGAACCUCAGUCCUUUCUGGGGGGAAGAGUACACACUGCACCUCCCGAUGGGGUUCCAUUCCCUCUCCUUUCAUGUCAUGGACGAAGACACAAUUGGCCAUGAUGAUGUCAUCGGAAAGAUAACUCUGAGCAAAGAAGCCAUUGGAUCUCAAGCUAAAGGACUAGACAGCUGGAUGAACCUGACGAGGGUCGACCCUGAUGAAGAAGUCCAGGGAGAAAUCCACCUGAGCCUGGAGCUACUGAAAGACACAGAGAAGAUCAGCCUGCGAUGUCAAGUCAUUGAAGCCAGAGACUUGGCUCCAAGAGAUAUUUCUGGAACCUCUGAUCCUUUUACAAGAGUUAUUUUCAACAACCACAGUGCAGAGACCUCGAUUAUCAAGAAGACCCGUUUCCCUCACUGGGGAGAAACACUGGAGCUGGAGUUAGAUCCAGAGGAGCUGAGUGAGGAGGGAACUGUCACUGUGGAGGUCUGGGACUGGGACAUGGUGGGCAAAAAUGACUUUCUGGGAAAGGUGGAAAUCCCUUUUGCUUGUUUGAACAAGACACCUUCGUUAGAGAGCUGGUUUCGUUUGCUUCCCUUGGGAAACAAUGAGGUUGAUGCCGGUGGCAAGCUGGGAGCGCUGCGUCUGAAGGUGCGUUUGGUGGAGGACCGAAUCUUGCCGUCUGUGUACUAUCAGCCCCUCAUUCACCUUCUGGUGGAGUCAGUCAUCUUCCCUACAGAGGUGGAGGAUAGCAGUGCACUGACCAUGCUGGAGGAGGUGAACACGGUUGAGAGCCGGCAGGAUGUGGCAAUGACCCUGGUGAAGAUCUACCUGGGCCAGGGCCUGGUGGUGCCCUUCCUGGAUUACCUCAACACGCGAGAGGUCAACAACACCACUGAUCCAAACACUUUAUUUCGCUCCAACUCCCUCGCCUCCAAGGCCAUGGAACAGUUCAUGAAGGCUGUUGGCAUGCUGUAUCUCCACGAGGUGCUGAAGCCCAUCAUCAACCGCAUCUUUGAUGAGAAGAAGUACAUUGAGCUGGACCCAUGUAAGAUCGAUCUGAACCGCACAAGACGAAUUUCAUUUAAAGGUGCAGUGUCAGAGGCAGAGGUGCGGGACAGCAGUGUGGAGAUGCUGCAGAGCUACUUAACCAGCAUCAUCGAAUCAAUCGUGGGCUCAGUCGAUCAGUGUCCUCCUGUCAUGAGAGUCGCCUUCAAACAGCUACACAAGAGAGUAGAGGAGCAAUUUGCUGAACCUGAGAAUGAGGAUGUGAAGUAUCUGGCCAUCAGUGGAUUCUUUUUCCUGCGUUUUUUCGCUCCUGCAAUCCUCACACCUAAACUGUUCCAGCUGAGGGAUCAGCACGCUGAUACACGUACAAGCAGAACGCUGCUGCUGCUGGCCAAGGCAUUGCAAAGCGUCGGGAACUUGGGCCUUCAGCUGGGUCACGGAAAGGAGCAGUGGAUGGCGCCUCUUCAUCCCAUCAUCCUACGCAGUGUGGCUUCUGUCAAAGACUUCCUGGACAAGUUGAUUGACAUAGAUCAUGACAUUGUGUCUGAGGUGCCACAGAGGGCUGUAUUCAUGCCCUCGGUCACAGUUAAAGAGGGGUACCUCCACAAACACAAGGCAGAGGGACCACAACUGCUAUCCCGCUUUGCCUUUAAGAAACGCUACUUCUGGUUGACUAGUGAGACACUGUCCUACGCCAAGACGGCUGAUUGGCAGGUGCGCUCCUCAAUCCCUAUUCUUUGUGUGUGUGCCGUGGAGAGGGUGGAUGAGAAUGCCUUUCAGCAGCAGAAUGUAAUGCAGGUCAUCACCCAGGACCACGACGGACAGCUGCACACCAUGUACAUCCAGUGCAAGAAUGUCAAUGAGCUGAACCAGUGGUUGUCGGCAAUCAGGAAAGUCAGCAUCUACAAUGAGCGCAUGCUGCCCUCUUUCCACCCAGGGGCUCAUCGCAGUGGCAAGUGGACCUGCUGCCUGCAGGCGGACCGUGCUGUUAUAGGCUGCAGUAGAACCCACUCAGCUGUGACACUGGGUGACUGGAGUGACCCGCUGGAUCCUGAUGUAGAGACACAGACCAUAUUCAAGCAGCUUCUCCAGGGCAGAGACAAACUCAGGAAAAAAUAUGUAGAGAUGCCAGACGCUGAUCAGACAUCCAGCAAUAGAGAACCGAUCAACUCUGACAUUCACCCAGAUGGUGCAGAAUGCAAUGUUCAGCUGAUGAAGCCAGGUCAGAGCGUUGCUGCCCGGCUGUUGGUGGUGAUAGAGGAUCUGGAGCAGGCUCAUGCCACCUUCCAGUGCAGAGAAAAAGAGGACGGCACCAGUGUUAUUCUGAAUCCCUAGACUCGACACAGACUUGGAUCCCACUACUAAUGCUUGUAAAAAGGGAAUCCUGCUACUUUGAAUCUUUUGUAUUCUCUGAGUGCCACUGACUUCAACAAUGCCGGGGAGAGAUUAUGAUACCUGAUGACAAAGGGGGGGGGGUCUUUGAAGCAUGAUUUGACAAUCUCUUGCAUGGCCUACAUACACUUGUUGUGAAAUGUGAAAAGAAGCUUUUAUAUUUUGAGAUACUGUACAGGACCUCAGUCAGGGUCCCACAUUUUUAUGCAAAAAGCUUGUUGUAGUGUAAUCUACAGUACCUGAAGGUGUUUUGAUAUUGCUUUCAUCAACGUUUUGUAUUUUAUUGAGGCAAUUUAUCACCAUGGUCGCAAUGUAGCAGUCACAUUAACGUUAUAGAUCAUAGCACCAUGAGUUUUUGAAAUACUGGCACACAUGCCACAGUAUAAUGCUGCCUGUACAAUGAGCAGAAAUAAUAUUAAUGUAAUUGUUGCUUUGGUCCCUUUAUACAAAACAAUGUGCUUUUGUUUCGGUGCUAUGGCCAGUCAACUUAAAUGUUUGGUUCUGAUGUAAUUUGCAUAUUUAAAAAGUCCUAACAUUUGAUGUAGCCAUUCCUAAAGUCAUAAGGGUAAUAUCUACAUGUUAACAAUUGUAUGUCCAUACAUAUAAUUGAGACAAUAGAAGUAACAAUCAUGUGAGAUGUUCCCAUUUGAUACGUUUACAGUUUCUUUCGAUUUUUGUGCCACAAUAUUUGGCUCACAGGUGUCAGGAUAUGUUUGAGAGGCCAAAUUUGUUUUUAAAAUGCUUUUUGAAGCACUCAAAUCAGGCAAUUUUCUCUACAUAUCUGUGGGACACACGAACUGUACACAGGCAUGUUGUAAGGCCAUUUCCCAUAGAGCAGUAGUGUUCAGUGUCUUUCCCUUAAAUAGACGGUGAGUGAGUGUGAUAGAAAUCAAAUCUGUGAUCUCCCAGACAGCCUCAAUAGGCCGUCCUGUCUGUGGAGCCGUUUCCAUUAUAUUCUGGCACAGCUAGUGUAGUGUCUCUUUCUUUUAGAGGAAGAACUGUGGAUAUUUGAGUGGCGUAAACACUCUUCCUGUCUUUAGAUGUAACACUUAGUACACAUGCCAGACAUGACAAUCAAUUUUCUACAUUCUUCAACUAGAGUAAACUUCAGAUGUCACUUAAGAACUCGAUUCCCUGAAUGAGGGCUUUUAUUCUGAAAAAAAAGAAGAGAAAACACUACUGCCUGUAAUUUAUUCUGCAAAUACACCAUGAUGGUUUGUUCCAAGUGGAUUUUUAAUGUGAAGUAAACGCAACUGCAUUGUUCAGUAAACUAUUAUGUCAGCUAA